AUUAGUCGACGAGCAAGCAUGGCGGUUGCUUGCUCUUCAAGCUGGUUAUCAAUAGCCACUGUAAGCGUUAAUGAAACUACAUUUAGGCUCGAUUGAAGAUUACAAAAAGACAUGUCAUCUUGAAGUAGGUUGCUAUUUCCCUUUCAGUGCUGUGUUUGUUUCUGUCAAACAAAAAAAAAAAGAUGCACUCCACGAAGGUCAGUCAUGUGGCUUUGGUCGCGCACAACGCUUUACUACCGAGAAAUGUUUCAUUUGUCAACGCUUUGCAUCGGUUUCGGGAUUAUGGUGGUAACGGUCCAACCCGCUUUGGUCACUCUUCGGCCCCCACAAACGAGACUGUUGUCAUCCGCAUACCUCAACAUAUGCAGAGGCGCAUUGAAAACGCGAAAGAGCUUCGGGGUAAAAAAAAAAUCCCCACUAUCAGAGCUGGCAAGCUGCUCAUCCAGAGCAAGAACACCGAACACAAUCAGUCUGCGGGGUAUGCAUUCGGGAAGUUUGAACAGACCACCCUUUCCUCUAAAGGCUGGAAACACAACAAAUCGUUUGGGGACUACUUCAUCAUAAACAACACUAAGAGUGUCGCUCCGUUCGUUACUGAAGGCCAGCAGGAGGAAAGCGUCAAAGAGGGAAACGCCAUUGAGUUUGGUCAACUCCGCAUCAACAAGGAGCUGGUGCAAACUCUAAACAUGGCCAAUAUCACCCACCCCACGACAGUGCAACUACAGACUAUCCCUAAAGUCCUGAAGGGUAAUAACAUUUUGUGUGCUGCAGAGACGGGUAGCGGCAAAACACUGAGUUAUCUCCUGCCCAUUGUACACAAACUGCAAUUAGAUAAAUCCUCUGAGGAUUACAUAGAGAAUACCCGUACUCUCGGAUGUUUGAUCGUCGUGCCUUCCAGAGAGUUGGCCGAACAAGUGGCAUCGGUGUCCCGGUUCCUGUGCACCCCGUUCCACAUGUUGACCAAAACUGUGGGGGGAGGGCGAGGAAUCGGCCCCAUCAAGACGGUUUUCAGGAAGGGCCCUGCAGAUAUUUUGGUGGCCACCCCGGGAGCUCUUAUCAAAGCCCUGCGGAGACGGUACCUGGACCUUAGCACUUUGAGCUUCCUGGUGGUGGACGAGGCAGACACCAUGUUCGACCCCAGUUUCUCCGGCAUGCUGGAGAGCAUCCUGCUGCAAACUAACAUCGCCCGGGCCCCUUCGGAGACCAAGGGCCCCGGGAGCAAAGCCCAGCUGCUGGUGGUCGGGGCAACCUUUCCAGGGGGGGUGGCAGAGGUUCUGGCGCAGGUGACGGACCUCGGUAGCAUGGUGACGGUAAAAAGCAAGAACUUACACCUGCUCAUGCCCCACGUCAAGCAGACCUUCCUGAAGGUGAAGGGUUGUGACAAGCUGUUGGAGCUUCAGCAGGUUCUGAAGGAGUUGCAGCAUGAGACCCGUGGAGAAGAAGUGGGUGCCGGUGUCGUGGUGUUCUGCAACAAGGCGUCCACAGUGAACUGGCUGGGCUACGCCCUGGAAGAGCUCCGGGUCAAGCACCUGCGUCUCCAGGGGGAGAUGCCUUCUGCGGUCAGGACCGGGAUAUUCCGUUCUUUCCAGAAGGGGACCGUGGACCUCCUCAUCUGCACGGACAUCGCCUCACGAGGCCUGGACACCUCCCGGGUCCGGCUGGUCGUCAACUACGACUGCCCGGAGUCGCAUAUGGACUACAUCCACCGUGCGGGGAGGGUGGGGCGGGCAGGCGGAGUGGAGGAAGGGGAAGUGCUGAGCUUUGUCACCCAUCCGUGGGACGUGGAGCUGGUGCAGGCGAUCGAAACCUCGGCGCGGAGGAGAAGCGCUUUGCCCGGCAUGAAGUCAGCCAUUUCCAAGCCCAAAGCUGUAGUGGAGGAGUCCCAGGAGUAGAGGACACUGAUUUCCCUGUCCUCUUAUGAGGGGGAGAGGAGUGUUUCCUACUAUGUUGGUUGUGCAGUAUGAAAUAAAGAUGAUUUAAAUACUAAUUAAUCUUAAAGAUUAUUUAAAUAAUGCAAACCAUAUAAUAAAUAUAAAAUAAA